AUGCAGGAGAUCCACAGACUCAAACAACUGCUGGAUCUACUGAUGGUGGACCUACAACUGGCCCACAACGAUGAAGAAAGAUGUAAACAGAAGCAAAUAGAGAUGGAAGAGGAAGAACGAGAAAGGGAGAUGGAAGAGGAAGAAAGAGAGAGGGAGAAAGAGAGACAGAGACAGAUUGAAAGGAAGAGAAUGGAGAAGAGACAGAAAAUU